AAUACAAGGAUCAUGAAUAGAGAAAAAACUUUAGAUUCCAUCCCAAUUGAUCUCUUUCUUGAGAUCUUCUCGAGAUUGCCUACAAAGUCAGUCGGGAGAUGUCGUUGCGUUUCGAAGCAAUGGGCGUCAAUACUUGUCCGUCAAGAUUUCAUCGAGUUGUUCCUGACCAAGUCCUCGACACGUCCACGUCUCUUAUUCGCCAUCCAAGGAAACAACGAUGAAUGGCUCUUCUACUCGUCACCUCACCCUCAGAAUCCAUAUGAGAAGUCUACUGUAGUAGCGACCGAUUUUCACACCAAGUUCCCUAGAAGCCAAAGUGAUUGUUUCUACGCCUCUGGUUUGCUCUAUUUUCCUGAUGUGCAGAUCUCAAAAAAUAAGGGUGAGGAUCCAGUGCCUGUGAUCUGUAACCCUAUCACAGGACAGUAUGCGAUCUUACCUAGACUAAGAACGGACGCAAAGCCGAGUAGCUUUUUUGGGUUUGAUCCAAUCGACAAGCAAUUCAAGGUAUUACACAUGAACACUAUAGUUAAUAAUGAAAAGGGUCAUCGUAUUUUGACACUAGGAACUGGAAAAAUGAAGUGGAGGAAGAUCCAAUGUCCAUAUACCCAUAAGACUAACCAUAAUACUUGGCAUAAUGGGAUAUGCAUCAAUGGGGUUUUUUAUUACCCAACUAAUGAAAAGCCAUAUAAGAUAGUUUGCUUUGAUGGUAGGUCUGAGAAAUAUAAGAUUAUUGACGCAACAUGCUUUUCUGAUGCAUUGAUAAACUAUAAGGGUAAAUUAUGUGUGAUUAAGUUGAAGUAUGAUGAUGAUUGCAUAUUUGUCCUUAAGUUGAGUAUGUGGGUUCUAGAGGACGUCGAGAAACAGGAGUGGUCCAAAUAUGUCUACCCUUUUCCGAAGAAUGAAAACUGCAAACAUCUUUCUGUUGUUGGGAUGACUACUACAGGUGAAAUUGUUUUGCGGCAGAACUGGUCUAACUCUUAUUUUUUCUACUUCAGUCCCGAGAGGAAAACUUUCCAAUGUGUUAACUUCCAAGGUCUUGGAGUUAAUUGUGGUAGAAUUAAUGCCUUUGUAGACCAUGUAGAUGAUCUUAGUGUUAACAAUGCAAAGCAACUCAAGUCAAGCAUAUAUGUUCAAGAGCAAGAUCGUAGUAAGUUUGAGAGUAUUAACAAAUUUGAUGCUUUGUGUCGUUUAGAUGGUGAUUAAUAUACAAGAGUCUAAACGUGAUUGCUUCCCUUGCUCAAGUCAGCUAAAAAAGCUCUCUAUUUGAUACAAGUUGUAUUCUGUCUCUGUAAACAUCAAGUUAUCUUUUAAGUUCUUAAGAAAUAAAUUAAGUUUUUAUUCAAGUCAGAGCCAUGACUGAAAUUGUCGUUAUAUA